AUGGAUGGCGGCGACAGUCAUCAGAAGAAGUAUGACACUUCCUAUAUAUCGGGUCGGGUAGUUCGCGAGGCACCUGGUACAUCCUCUGAUCGAUUUCGACAGCCGCAACAAUCAGGCCCUGUUAGGAGGACGACGCUAGACACAAGUGUUACUCCUCAAGAUGGGGCCGCGCCUCUUCCCCCUUACGGCGGAUUUGAAUACUCUGAAUCAGCGCCAUACAAUACUUCACAACUACAAAGUGGUUCGCUACAGUAUCCGCCAGGCUUCCACAACUCACGGAACGCCUCCCAACCAUCGCAACAAUCUACGCCGCAGGAGCAGCAGCAGCGGCUACAACAAUAUGACCACAAUAUUGUCUAUAACAUUAACCCUCAUGACCAGACACCAUCUUCGUACUACCAGCCACGGCAGUCCGCAGCCAUCGAAGUUUUAGCAACCCAGUUUGGAGUUCCACAAUAUUUUCCUCCUGAUGAAUCUUCGGCAGGCGCGGGACCUUCAGCACAAUAUUUAAGUCCACAAGACCAGUCACCUGGGUUUCCUCAACUUCCUCCAGUGAGCCGGCCUGGUGUGGCGGCAUCAUUUGCUGAGAGCAUGUCCGGAUUCAAUUCUACUUCUGGACCAGAGCCUCAAGAAAGACCAGAAACUACUCAGCAAAGAUCUUCUGGACUUGAUGAAGCGUACAGCCGCUAUCAGCAAACUUUAAAGCAAGCGUUUUAUGAUAUUAAAGCCGGUCGUCUUGCAAACGCCAGUGAAUCAAUGCUUGAGAUGUCAGAGUGGUUACUUGGAAAUGCGGUGGAACUGGGACUGGUUCGCGACCAAGAAGACCUUCAUGCUGAUCGAAUUGACAUGUGGAAUAACUUUAAUACGUGCUGGCUCGCCAUUUGUCAAAAGCAAAAAGAUACAACGCUGGAGAUGUUCGAUACAGGAGUUCGUCCUGCUGAGCUUUUAAGCGAAGUUGCUUUGCAAAAACUAGGCAGGGAAUUGGUCCGACUUUGUGACAAAAUGGAGCAGUACGGCUUAGUUGAUUAUCAAAUGGGAGUCUGGGAAGAAGAGAUAUUAUGUGUACUAGGACAAUGUCUCGAUCUCCUUGAGGGACGUGAAGAAACUAGUGCACCAAACAACAGGAACAGACUUCCAGCGGCUGAUCAUUGA